CGUAGGCGAACGUGCAAGCGGUUCAGCCCCGGUGUCCCUGACACGCCAGCUUCUCCAGGGGCCAGAAACUGAGGCGGAGGAGGCGGAGGUGCAGACGGAGACGAAGGAGCCAGCCCUCUUCUCGGAGGCUCUGUUUGUCUGUCUUGGGGUGUGAGCGCAUGGAUGUUUGUCUGUCCCCUCAUCUCCCCCACCCUCCUCCUCCUCCUCCUCCUCUGUGUGUGUGUGUCACCAAAGCAGCCCUGGGAGAAGGAGACCUCGCUUCUCCCGCCGCCGCCGCCGCCGCCGGUCCACCGCCUUCCCGCCUGCCAGAUCCAAAUCCAUGAGGUAAAUGUUGAAGACACUGUCGAAAUGUUACCCAAGUCCCGGCGAGCGCUCACCAUCCAAGAGAUUGCAGCUCUCGCCCGCUCCUCCCUGCACGGUAUUUCACAGGUGGUGAAGGAUCAUGUGACCAAGCCCACGGCCAUGGCCCAAGGCAGAGUGGCCCACCUCAUUGAGUGGAAGGGUUGGUGCAAGCCCGUGGACUCGCCCAUUGCCCUGGAAAGCACGUUCAACUCGUACUCGGACCUCAGCGAAGGAGAGCAGGAGGCCAGGUUUGCUGCAGGUGUCGCGGAGCAGUUUGCCAUUGCGGAAGCCAAGCUGAGGGCCUGGUCGUCCAUGGAUGGGGAUGAAUCCAAUGAUGAAUCCUACGACGAGGAUUUUGCCACCUCCACGGAUAUCACCCAACCGGCUGAGGCUGUGACCCAGCUCCCGCCCAGCGCCCUGCUGAAAGGACUUCUGCACAGCCGUUUGUGCCAGCUGAAUGCCCGGCAAGGCUCCUGCGAUCCUGAGAGCGAGUCCUCCCAGGCCACCAUCUCCCCGGAGACUUUAUGCUCCAGCCUCUGCAGCCUGGAGGACAGCCUCCUCCUGAAGGAGCUGGCCUCGCCUUCGGAACUGACUGCCAAGCUGUUGGGCUCCCUCUCCGGCGCGGAGGAGGCCCUCCUCGCCAAACUGCCUCCCCAGACCGCCGGAGAAUGUGCCUUCCGGAGCCUGGCCCAGCUGGAGUGCCAGGACUCCAUGUACUCCAUGUCCUUCACCGAAUCCUGCUUGUCGCCCAUGGAGGAAGAAGGGGUCACCUGCAAGGACUACAGGAUCCAGGAGGAGAGCCACGGCCAGGUCCGGAGGAAAGUAUCUGACGUGGCCUCCUCCGGCGUGGUCUCUCUGGAGGACAACGAAGAGGACGAGGCAGAGGCGGAGGAGAAACAGCAAGCGGAAGAGGAGGAGGAGGCCGGAGAGCACUGAAUCUGGCCCCGUCCGUGGCAUGCUUCACCUGCCAUUGUGUCCCACGCGCCGUGGCAUUCAUCCUCCACCCGAGCACAUGGCCCAUCCGUUCUCUGGGAGGAAUGGUCCUUUCUCCUUUGCCCCUCCCCAGCCCUCCAGGGAGGGGGGUGUAAACUCUAGGUCGGGCAGAGGAAGGUCUUCCUUCCUCCCGAGGUCUUCCCGGCCUCCACGAUGCCAUUGAAUCCAGCCAUUUAAGCCUGAAGAGCCUCUUGCGUGGCUUCGUGGAUUUUUGCCUGCUGCAUUUUCUCUCUCUCUCUCUCUCGUGGCCUGUUUUGUUUUCUUUGCAUGGGAAUGUCUUGGGGGCUGGGUGGGUAGGGUGGGGGGGAAUAACCACGCAAGAUAACGAAAGCGGGCCAGCGCCGUCUGGAUGCCCUGCUCUCUCCGGGCUGGUUCGGAGCAUGCUGCACACUCUCGAGAGAAGACGCACGUCGGAUGCUGGCCAAGUGGCAUGGCUAAACCCUCUUCCCGCAGAACGGUUGCGAUUCUUGGGAUAAUACAACUCUCUCUCAAUCGAAAACGAUAUGUACAUAAAUCCCCCCCCUUUUCGCCUUUCCAAACGCCUCCUGCAGCUCGUGAUGAAGAGCUGCGUCGUCGGAAUGUGGAAUGCAAUGGAUGCUUGGUUUGUUAUGCCUUUUUUUGUACAAAAAAAAAUGAGAGAGAGAGAAAAAAUAACCCACACCGGCACCAAUGGACAACUUCUCGGCUUUUACUGACUUGAAUUUUUGUAUUGUGGACACCAUGGAAGAAAGGCGAGGGAGUUUUUUGUGUGUGUGUGUGUGUGUGUGUGUGUGUGUGUGUUUGUGUGUGUGUGUGCGUGCGCGCAUGCACGCAUUGAUGUGUUCCUCUGCUCCCCACUCUCUCGUGGGAGAAAGCAGGGAGCAUGGCACGGGCCGGUGGGAAAGCCCAGUCCUCCCACCCUGCCCCAUAUCUUUUCUAUAUUUUUGUAUGUGCGUCUCCGUGUUGCCGUCUUCAUGGGGGGUGGGGGAAGGCCCUUGUUGCUUCCCCCCACUUUACUGUGGACGGGUUUUCUAUGGGGUUUCUUUCCCGCCGCUUCAUGCUCUCACCCUGGCCAGUCAGGGUGGGAAAUACUGUGACGUUCACUUCACCCAUCCUUUCGUCCUAGAACUUGCCCCCCCCGCAGAGGAUCUCUCGGCCUCUCUCUCCCCCUCCCUCUCCCCCCCCACGGCUCCCAAAGGGAAGGGGUCACUUGCACCCCGGGAGGAUGCAAGGGCAGGCCCAGAAAAGUCAA